UUAGUCCUCUUUACAUCGUCCCCUUCGAGUCGAAGUAUUCCCCAAGCCACGACCCUCGUUCCCUCCCCUCUUUCUCAUUCUCCAUUUUCCUGCGUCUUCAACCUCGUCCUCUCUCUCCGGUCGCCAUGUCGAUCUUUGAAUACAACGGAAGUGCCCUAGUGGCGAUGGUGGGGAAAAACUGCUUCGCGAUCGCCAGCGACCGCCGCCUCGGAGUCAAUCUCCAGACGAUCGCCACUGAUUUCCAAAGGAUCUUCAAGAUCCACGAUAAGCUCUUCAUCGGCCUCUCUGGCCUCGGGACCGACGCCCAAACGCUGUACCAGCGGCUGGUGUUUCGGCACAAGUUGUAUCAGCUGAGAGAGGAGAGGAAUAUGAAGCCAGAGACGUUUGCCAGUCUUGUUUCGGCUAUCCUUUAUGAGAAGAGAUUUGGUCCAUAUUUUUGUCAACCGGUAAUAGCUGGAUUAGGAGAUGAUGAUGUGCCCUUCAUCUGUACCAUGGACUGCCUUGGUGCCAAAGAACUUGCCAAAGACUUUGUCGUGUCCGGUACUGCUUCUGAAUCUUUGUAUGGUGCUUGUGAAUCUAUGUACAAGCCUAACAUGGAACCUGAGGAAUUGUUUGAGACCAUCUCACAAGCACUCCUGUCAUCCGUCGAUCGGGACUGUUUGAGUGGUUGGGGAGGACAUGUCCUUGUUGUUACGCCAACUGAAGUUCAGGAGAGAACUUUGAAGGGUAGGAUGGAUUAAUAUGCAAACGUGCGACGAUGGAGAGGGUUCUCUGUCUUUAUAUCCUACUGUAGCUGCAAAUUUUCAGUUAAUUAAUGUGUUUCGAGAUUACUCUGGAGAUGAAGUUGUAUGACUUUUUUAAAUGCACCUGGAAGAAAUUGAUUUCGACUGAUGGCUGUGGUUCUGGUUGGUGUAAGGAUAUGAAUCCAGUUCAACGUCCUUUCAUCUCUUAUUUCCUUUUGACUAUUUUAUUGAGUUUUAACUCAAGAAAGACAUGUGGAUUUUGUAGUUUUCCAAAUAUGAUUACUUUUUUCCGUUGUGAUUU